AUGACAACACUCAUCACAGGAGGGACAGGAAAAACCGGCCUCGCACUUGCGAAACUUCUGCAUGCCGCAAACCGGUCGCUGGUGAUAGCUACGCGCGCAGGAGAAGCCCCUAAACCAUUCAAAGCAAUCAAAUUCGAUUGGUUUAAUUCGGAAACCCAUGAAGCUGCGUUGAGCGACAACUCUAUUGACCGGGUGUAUAUCGUUGGACCUCCUGGCAUCAACGAUCCGGCAGUCGUUAUAUCCUUCAUCGACCUUGCGAUAUCGAAAGGAGUAAAGAGAUUCGUUUUGUUGUCUGCAUCUCAAUAUGAACCAUCAGCGACGUCUGAAACUGCCUCGGGCGUGAUUCACCAACAUCUACUUGACAAAGGUGUAGACUAUGCAAUUCUGCGUCCCACCUGGUUUAUUCAAAACUUCGGUUACGCAUAUGCAAAUAGCAUCAAGGAACGUAAUGAAAUCACUUCAUCUGCUCAGGACGGACGCAUACCCUUCAUUUCAACAGAGGAUAUAGCACAAGCCGCAUUCGAGUCCUUAACGGCUGAGAAAAGCCCCAAUAAAGACAUCUUUAUUGUUGGACCUGAGGCACUUUCCUACGACGAUGCUGCCAAAAUUGCAUCGUCUGUCCUUGGACGCCCUAUCGUAUAUAAGCGGGUUACGAUUGAAGAACAGCUCGCGUUCUACAUAUCCCUUGGAAUACCCUCUGAUUAUUCAAAACUUCUCGCAGAGUUGGACGCAGAUGUCGUUCAGGGACGGGAGGAAGCGAUAUUCAAGGACAAAAAGCUCGUCGAUGAGGGAAGAAAAUUCGUGGGGAGGCAUACGGUGCUUGCGUACUUUCAAGAGAACAAAGACGUGUGGACCAAGUGA